AUGGCACGACAGACGAGAAACGUGGCCACAGGCUUUGCCCAAGGUACCAAACCCUGGCUAGGCAUGUCAGGCGUUGCGCUGGAUGAGCCAGACUCCGAAUCAAGCAUCAAAUUCGCCGAGGAGCAAGCUUUUCUCUCCGGUGACGAAGCAAACGACGAUGACCGUCAACAAUAUACAGCAACUAGAUCAACCAUGCACAUUGGUUCGCCGUCGUCGAAAGCCAAGAUCACGGCACUUAUUCUCGUCUUGAUAGUUUCUGCACUCGCCAUUGCCAGUGCUGUCGUCCCGAGAUACGGCUCCAAUGGCAAUGCGAUUGACGAUACCAAGGCGAUACAGGGUAGUCACGUGGUGCUGAAGCCAAGUUAUAUCAUGAAGUCGCCCUGCGGAUCGACGGCGACAGAAGCUCGCCAACGCGGCUGCAAGUUUGACAUCAUAUCAUUUUGCUGGCUGCCGACCGAAUGCUAUGACGGCGAACUCUCGAGGGACUUUGACGCCAUGAGGACCUGGGAGUGGUUUCGGGACUCCAACAAAACAGAGCCUCUUUCACACGAGCAGAUCAUGACGGGCGAGUUUACGGGCUUGUACGUCAACUGGGAGUAUCACGUCCGCCACUGCACGGCCAUGUGGCAAAAGAUGCAUCGCGCGAUUCUUGGUCAAGGAAAAAGGGCGAUUGAUAGCUACAUCGGCGAGCUGCCUCAUACCCACCAUUGUGGCGAGAUGCUUUUGGAGCGCGGUGCUGCGUUUGAGGACAUCAACACCAUUAUCCUCGUCAAGUUUCCUGACUGCGGCAUAGCCUAA